GCCGCUCCCAACUCCAUCUCACCCAGCAAUCUCAAUCUCCCGAGCAAUCACCAGCAGAAGAAUCCUCCGGCGAAGCAAAGCCCAAGCCUCCCUCCCCACUCACUCGAUGGCCCGCACGAAGCAGACGGCGAGGAAGUCCACCGGCGGCAAGGCGCCGAGGAAGCAGCUGGCGACGAAGGCGGCGCGCAAGUCUGCCCCGGCGACCGGCGGGGUGAAGAAGCCCCACCGCUUCCGCCCCGGCACCGUCGCGCUCCGUGAGAUCCGCAAGUACCAGAAGAGCACGGAGCUGCUGAUCCGCAAGCUGCCGUUCCAGCGCCUGGUGCGGGAGAUCGCUCAAGACUUCAAGACUGACCUCCGCUUCCAGAGCUCCGCCGUCGCCGCGCUGCAGGAGGCGGCCGAGGCCUACCUCGUCGGGCUCUUCGAGGACACCAACCUCUGCGCCAUCCACGCCAAGCGCGUCACCAUCAUGCCCAAGGACAUCCAGCUCGCCCGCCGCAUCCGUGGGGAGAGGGCCUAGAGCGUCGUCACCGUGGAGGAGGAAGUAGUAGUCCUAGUUUCUGUCAUCAGUGUCGGAUCAGAAGGUGUAGAGAUGUGCUGGGUUCUUUAUUAGUUUGUGUUGGUCGGAUCAUGCAGAAGUUGGUUGUUCACUGCUGUAAUUUAACUAUCAUGAUGCAAUGGUAAUGAAGUCGUCAGUUAUCAGCUCCCAAA